AAUGCGUAAAUUUGUUGAUUUCUUUUUGAUCUUAUUUGUUGUUUUGAUAGAAAAAUUAAUUAUUUUCGCUGUAUAAUUUAAAGAAUCAUGGAGUCUAAAACUCUGGCAAACUACGGCCAGUGUCGUUGUUGCUUAGGCACAGGAUAUCACCGGGAUAUUAUGAAAGAAUACUUUUGUAAUGGCAUACGCGAAGUGUACUUUGAAAUUUUUAGGGAAUGCUACAAUUUGUUCCUCUCAACAGACGCAAACAUCAGCACACUCAUAUGUUCAUCCUGCGUCCAGCGGCUACGCGAGGCGAUCAGUUUCCGCAUGAUGGUGGUAGCGACGGAGCAGCAACUGCUGAGCGCUGCUCGGAAGGAACCAGGGGACAACCAGAUGACUUUCGUGAAUGUGCCAGUAAGCAUAGACGCUCUCAAGGAUGUGGAAGUCAAGCAAGAAAUUGAUGUUCAAGUAAUUAAAGAAGAAUUGAUCGAUGUGGAGCCCGACAACACCGAUGCAGACCCAGAUUAUGUGCCUGAAGAUGAUCAUUAUUCGGAUGAGGCUGAACCAACGAAGCCCGACAACGACCUGGUCGAAGGUGAGGCGAAGCUCCUUGCGAGGUUCCCAAAGCUCAAGUGUCUGCCCACGCGGCAGACCCUGGCCAAAACCUGUCCGCAGUAUGUGAAACAAUUAGACUUAUUAAAAGGUUUAAUUGUGCUGCCCAGUUCACUAGUGAAGUUACUAGAUAAUGAUAACAUAAGAAGCAAAGUACACACAAAAAAGACUUUUGUCUCUGAAAAAAUGGCCCACAUCGUCAAUGCGUCUACGUUAUUAGAGUUUUCAAAUAUUACGCCGUUCAAGAGCAGAAGCAGGAGCGGAUUCCCAUGUUUCUACUGCAGAAACUUGUUCGAGAACCUUGACGAACUCAGAGAGCACACAUCGGAGCAUAAAAAGAGUGAAUUGAGGAAAGUUCUCGGCACAUACGGGGCUGAAUGCUUAGUUGUGUACGCUGACAUCACCGAUUUGCGCUGUACCAUCUGCAAUAGCAGCAUUACGAAUCUUAGCCAGUUGAAAACUCAUCUAACGAAAACACACAAUAAGAAAAUGCACCUCGAAUACACUGACAGAGUUAUACCGUUCAAACUGUCGACAGAUAAUGUGUACGAGUGUCAGAUGUGUGGGUUUAGUUUUGAAACCUUUGGGUCGAUAGAGAGACAUAUGAACGUCCAUUUCAGGAACUAUGUGUGCAAAGAUUGUGGGACGGGCUUCGUAACGAAAUACAGGCUGAAAGUUCACUCGAAAAGCAUGCAUGUGGGAGGCAGCUUUCCCUGCGAUAUUUGCAAGAAAGUUUUCACAACACAGCAGAAACAAAAGAACCAUGUCGACACAGUGCAUAAGAUGGUCAAACGGUUCAAAUGCACAAAAUGUCCUGAGCGAUUUUCGGAGUACUUUAGACGGCAGAAGCAUAUGGUAGAAGAACAUGGUGUUGCGCCGUUACAGUAUAAAUGCAAUGUGUGUGAAAAGAGCUUUGAUAGACGAUACACAUUAUCUCGACACAUGAAGAGAGAUCAUUUGGAAGAGAGAGACUUCCAGUGUACUUUGUGUUCGUAUAAAUGUUUUACGAACAAUGAACUGAGAGUGCACAUGAUAAAACAUAACGGUGAGAGAAUAUACGAGUGCUCCGUUUGCAAAAAGUCCUACGCUAGGAAGAAGACGUUGAAGGAGCAUAUGAGAAUACAUAACAAUGAUAGGAGAUUCUCGUGCGCUGUGUGCGGACAGGCGUUCGUUCAGAAAUGUAGCUUGAAGGGACACUUGAAAACUCAUCACCAUGAGUACGGUUUGCAAUGAUGUUGUAAAUAAAGGUUAAUGUAAUUUUU